AUUCAACGCCGGUCGGUCUCGCGCACUGCGAUGAUCAAUCCCGUGCAUGACAGCUAUUGUCCUCGCGCUUGAAACGUAACACCUGCACGACUAAACUAAAGCCAUUUGCGACAGAGGAAAGCAUGACAGAUAAGGGGGACAUCCGACACGAGGAGGACUAUGUUGGGGAGAUCAAAGGGGGUCUACGGCCGACCAUGAGGCUGGUAGUGAUGGGUAUUGUUCACAAGCAGCCCAAAAGUAUGGUAGUUUUAGUGGCAUGCCAGUCUAAAGGGGAGGGGGAUGAAGAAAUGGAAGGUGAUGUGGGUCUGGAGUUGAAAGUGAACUUCUCACAGAAGGCUGUGCUUCGUAACGCUCGUCUGUCAGGACAGUGGGGCGCUUCAGAAACCGCCCUGUCUUUCUUUCCCUUUGCUCCAGGAGAGGCAUUUAAGAUGGAGAUUGUGUGCGAGCACCAGCAGUUCCGUAUUCUGGUGGAUGGGCAGCCGUUGUGUGGUUUCACUCACAGACUGACUCAGCUCGCAUCUCUCACUGCUCUUAAAAUCAAUGGAGACUUACAGCUUACCAAAGUGGCUUGAGCAAGUGAAGAAUUUCCUGCCAAGAUGACACAGACUAUUCACAGAAGCAACUUAGCUGAGGAUUUAGAAUCCUGACCGUACUGUACACAAUUGUCUUUAAGUUCCAGAACCCCCUCAGUUCAUCUAGAACGUAUUUUAGUUGGGUCUGUUUGUUUUGAUAAACUAAUUGCCCAUUUUACCGUAUAUUGUUUCUCCAGUGAUUUUUAUUUUUAGUGGCAAAUGAGACUGUUCCUUUUAAAAGGGUUUUGCAUAUGUUUAGACACAUUUGUAGGAGAACAUUUGUAGGUUACCUUACGUGCAACCUAUUCAGAUAGCAUAACAAUUCUAAUUAAGAAUGAUUUGCCAUAAACUAAUAGAGAUAGAUUUCUUUCAUAUAGUUUUCAUAAUACAUAAUGUACUACCUGAAAUGUUUUGUUUGCUUUCGAUUAGAUAUUUAGUCUCUUUGGCUCUUUGAUACAGAAGCAAAAGUGCCUUCAUUUGUUCCAUUAGAUGCACUUAUACAGUAGAGGACUUUUGGUGUGCUUGUAGCAGUAAUUCUUGUAGUUCAAAUUUAUUUGCAUUUACACAUUUGGCAGAUGCUUUUAUCCAAAGCAACUUGCAUUGCCUUCAAGGUAUACAUUUGAUAAAUUCCUGCAUUCCCUGAGAAUCAAACAUAGAAUCUUAGUGUUGGCAGUGACAUUCUUUACAGUUUAAGCUACAGGAAUGUUUUUUGUUUGCCUGUCUGAAAAUUUAUCAUUUCAACAGAAGUGAGUAACUAAGAUAAUCAUUUUUGUUUAUCCUUUGUUCAUUCAAAUGUACUUCAAAACAGUUUUGAUAACAUUCAGAACUUAAUGAUUCAUAAUUGACACCCGAUUGUUCUCUUUAAAAUGCAGUUCCCUGUGAUUGUAUUGAUUUAAAAAAAAAGGACUCAAAGUCCAUCUGAAGCCUGUACUUGGUGCUGUCUAUCUAAACACGUAAUGCUGCAAAUGAAGCAUGUGUUAAAUAGCAAGGUUUACUUGAAUGUCUUUUAUCAUCUAAUAACUGCAAUAUCUUCUGUAAACAGUAAACUUUUCUUAAAAAACUUUUAAGAUCUGAUUAAGUUAAUUAAUGUAUGUGUGUGUGUGUGCAUGUAAAAGUUUACAUUUGGGUAUGCUUGAAAGAGAGAGAGCAAGAAAUAUAUAAACAAAUAAAGUGUG